AUGUCUGGCCCAACCGAUCCUUCAUCGCCAGUGAUCCUUGCCGUACCCGAGGACGCCAACUUCCAGAUCGAGCACGACACUCAUGAUGCUGAACACCCUAUCUUCAAAAUCAAAUACCGUUCCAACUCCGUGAUCUCCACUGGAGGAUUAUCAGAGAUCUCCAACCUCGACACCCUCCCAAUAGUCAAAGUCUUGGGAACAGGAGGUACCAUCGCUUCUAAAGGGUCCAGCUCUCAUCAGACUGCUGGCUACAAGGUCGAUCUCACCAUUGAAGAGUUGUGCAUGUCCAUUCCAGACUUGUCAAGCACAUGUACCUUGGAGUACGAGCAAGUGUUGAACUUGGACUCCAAGGAGUUUGGUACCGAAGAGUUGCUCUUGUUGCAUGCCAAAAUUCAGGAAGAUUUGGCCAAGUAUGAUGGAAUUAUCAUCACCCAUGGUACCGAUACCAUGGAAGAAACGGCAUUCUUUUUACAGAUGACAAUCAACACCUAUAAACCCAUUGUUAUGUGCGGAUCAAUGCGUCCUUCAACAGCCAUCUCGUCAGAUGGCCCAAUGAACUUGUAUCAAGCUAUUGUGAUUGCUUCGAGCAGGUCUUCGCGUGGUAGGGGAGUGUUGGUGGCCUUAAAUGACAGGAUUGGUUCUGGCUUCUACAUCACAAAAUCAAAUGCCAACUCCUUAGACACAUUCAAAUCGAUCGGUCAGGGAUACUUGGGGAAUUUUGUCAAUAACGAAAUCCAUUACUACUACCCAGCUGCAAAACCGUUGGGAAUACGUUACUUUAACUUGAACCUUGCGUCAAAGAUCGACCUCCCAGAAGUUCCCAUUCUUUUCGCUCACCAAGGCUUAAAUAAUAAAAUUAUAGAGAUAGCCAUAGAACAAUUGGGUGCAAAAGGUUUGGUUUUAGCUACCAUGGGUGCAGGAUCAAUGGCCGACAAGUCCAACGAAUUCAUCGCAAAAUUAUGUCAGAAAUACGGAGACAAAUUCCCCGUUAUUUACUCAAAGAGAGCCAUGGAUGGUAUGGUUCCAAAAGGCUCGCUUCCCCAGUCUGUCGGCUCCGACCUGAUACCCUUUGACUGUGCUAUUGCACUGGGAUACUUGAAUCCACAAAAGUCUAGAAUUUUGUUACAAUUGUGUUUGAACGAAGGUCUCAAUUUGUCUGAAAUCAAACAUAUUUUCGGAGGGGUUUACGGCGGUUAG